CAGCACACAAGAUGCAUCUUACCUAUCGGUUUACCAGGACUGAGAUAUGCCAAGUGCAACAGAAAGCAUCAUCCCGGUUUGCUGCCCAGCUUGAUGGGGAUCGUGAAAUUGACGUGUCAAGAUCAAGACCCAAUCUUGAACGAUGGGUCAUGGUAUAAGAACUGGUACUUCGAAGCUGUAGAUUGUCAGAUCAUACUCCACUCUAUCACUCAAGCUGUGCCUCUCAGUACCUGUAAAAGUCAACACGAUCUCCACUGCAGUUCAUCCUACUCUAUCUUCGCCAACCUUCUUCCAAAAUGGCUUCCAUGACCGCUUCAAGACUUCACACCGCCACCACUACUCCGGUCCACUCUACCGUCUGGCAGAACAAGCUCAUGAAUGAGUGCAGAAGCCGUGGCCUUCGUGCUCCCAACUUCCAGGAAUGCUCUGACAGACGCGGUGGCCGCACCGCCUGGUCCAGCGUCGUUGAGGUCAAUGGAUGCAAGCACCAAGCUCGCUACUGGUACGACGGAGACUGGGUCAACAACGCACGCGAAGACGCGGCAGAGGUCGCCCUCCAGCGUAUGGGUGUCAUUCCUGCACCUCGCGGCCCUCAUGCUCGUCUUCUCGGCUCCAUCAGCGCCUAAGAAGGCUCACCUUCCGGCAAUUUCUUUUGUUCUCGUCUGGGUAUUGUUUUGAGGAGUCAGAAAAGGUCUUAUAUCAGGGAAGUGUUUCUUCCAAUGGGGUCAAUCUUUCAUAAAGGCGCGCAUCGGGUCCGGAUCCAAAGACAGCUCAGCUACAUCAGCAGCAUGGCGAAAAGGCGUUGACUCUUACACAGGGGAAGAAUCUAGACAGAUACACUUGGGAUUUCUUUUGUCGAGUCUACUGUAGUAUCUGUAUCGUACAUCUUCU